AUGGCCUCACCAGGCCCUCUCGCCGAGCUUCUGGGAAAGAUCGCCUACGAGUUCGCCCAGAUCCAGCCCCUCCUCCCCACCUACACCCAUCUCCUCGUCUCCGCCCUCUUCCCCAUCUACGCUGGCGCCCAUGCCUCGCUCUCUCGUCCCUCCUCCGCCGCAAAGCCCGUCAAGCGCAAACAGCCCAAGGCCGAUGAAGAUGGAGGCAAAGACAGCGACGACGAGGACGAAGACAAGGAGGUCAAGAUGGAGGGCUUGAGCCAUUCAGACGCGCUUGUGUUUCCUCUGCUGGCCGGCUGUACGCUUGCGGGACUAUACUUUCUGAUCAAGUGGCUGCAGAACGCGGACUUGCUGAACAAGAUCUUGAACUUGUACUUCGCCCUUUUCGGCGUCUUCAGCGUCGGCAAGUUGAUCGCGGACGGGAUGGAUGUGGUGCAUGGCUUCGUAUUUCCUAGGCAGUAUGUGCACGACGGCACUGUAUGGAAUGUGAGGGGAAAAGAGCGCAGGACGGUUGCGCCAACUGGAAAGGGGCUCGAAGAGAGGGUACGGCCGUCGCCGCUGCCCGGCUUCCUAUCAAAGCUGCCUCUGUCGACGAGGAUCACCGAUAUGCUGUGGACAUUAAGGGACCUGCCUCGACACAAGUGGACGAUCAAGGCCUACAUCCACCGCAUACUCGCGCUCAGGGCGAAUGUUGGUCUCCACGGCCUCACAGGCUUUUUCCUUGGAUUGGCUGCCGUCUUGUACUUCAACUUCUUCGACAAGCCUUGGUACUUGACAAACCUAAUGGGUUUCGGCUUCGCGUAUGGUGCGCUGCAGAUCAUGUCGCCGACAACCUUCGAUACGGGAAGCCUGAUACUAGCGGCCCUGUUCCUAUACGACAUCUACUUCGUCUUCUUCACACCCAUGAUGGUUACCGUAGCAAAAUCCCUCGAUGUCCCCAUAAAACUUGUGUUCCCACGCCCUGCUGCUCCCGAUGCACCACCGGGAGCAUUAUCGCAUGCGAUGCUCGGCCUUGGUGACGUUGUGUUACCAGGCAUCAUGAUCGGGCUCGCUCUCCGCUUCGAUCUUUACUUCUUUUACCUUCGCAAGCAAACAAAAGCUGCUCCUUCUUCGUCUUCCACAGAAGCGGCAGGUUCAGACCCUGAAAAUGGGGGAGAGAAGGAGCUGGCGCAAAAGGCCAAGUAUGUACCACUCACAAACCACACCGCGGAAUCCUUCUGGACGCACUCCCUCUCCGGCCGGCCCCUAGUCCCCGGCCUUUCGACGUCCUUUCCGAAACCGUAUUUCACGGCCUCUGUCAUCGGCUACGUCGUGGGUAUGUUGGCAACCCUGGGCGUCAUGCAAGUCUUCAACCACGCGCAGCCCGCACUGCUCUAUCUGGUGCCGAGCGUGUUGAUCUCGCUGUGGGGCACCGCGCUCGUCAGGGGCGAGAUCAAGGAGAUGUGGGACUUCUCGGAAGCUGUUGAGGAGGAGGCAGCGGCCGGAGAGAAUAAGAAGAAAGGUCAGAAGAGCUUCUUCUCGGCGGAGAAGCAGGAGAGGCAGGCCAAGCGGCUGGAGAAGGCGGUUGGGAGGCUUGUUGAGCGGGAUGAGGGCGGAGAGGCAGAUGAGCAUGGUCAAUACGACAAGAUGAAGGACGACGAUGAGAAGCCAGCAGAGGAGAUCAUAAAGUGUAAGGGCGCCAACCCUGACAGGUCGCGAGAACUGGUGUCCUUCUCAAUCUCGGCUCCCUUUGCUUUGUCGACGCCGAAGGACACAAAGCUCGCCAGCACCGCGGAGACGGCAACCAACACUGCCGAAACGCAAGCAUCCCGCCUUGAGUCCUCCUCCGGUGACGAGAUUGCCAACUCCUUAGACAACAAUCCGCGCAGUCGCCCAAGCCGCCGGUGCAGCAAGAAGGGAGAGCCGGCGGAGAAGCGGCAGCGGACGGCGUAG